AUGGGUGAAGAAUGCAAUGGGAAUGUGUACUUUUUUACACCUAAGGCCAACGAUGGAAGCGAUCCGAUUACCAACGUUUGGUAUCAAUUUGAAUAUCCUGCCUUGACACGGAAUCCUUCCGUCCAGUCAAUUCUGAAGGUUAAUCCUUCCAUCAAAGACGAUGAUGGGAACUUCGCCAAUGAGGGUACAGUCAUGUGGACCCCAGCACAUGGCCCUAGCUCGAAUGCACCACUUGGCGAUGGGUAUUCCUUUACGUAUGAGGGUGAGUUUGAGACCAAUUUUACACAGGAACUCAUGACUAGUUAG